AUCGGUCACGCUGGUCGCCAUCCGCUUGCGAUCCACUUUGUCAUGUUUUUUGUAAAAAAAAUAAAACAAAUUGCAAGCAACGUUUUGUAAAAUAAAAUGUAAGCUUUCGUACUUGCAAAUAAGCGGCACAAACGCGCGCGUGUAACGGCAAUAACAAAACAAAAACGGCAAGCAACAAAUAACCGUAUGCAAAGUGUAUAUGUGAAUGUGUGUGUGUUGGAAAGAAAAAAAGAAUUGUUUGGUCUGUGUUGAGCAGCGAGCUUCUUUCUCGUCGUCCACUGCGGUUUUUCCUCUCUGCUGCUGCUGUCGUCGGCCAUUAAUAAAGCAGCAACUACACAACUAGAGUGAAAACGCGAAAAGACGACGACGACGCUGACUAAGCAGGGGCUGUAAGCAGCAAAUAAUGUGCAGUGAAGUGUUGAAGUGAGCUUGGCAAAUUACAACAAAGCUGCAGGAGGCGGCAGCAAAAUUAAACUACAACUACGACAGCUUGAAACACAGUUUGGAAAGCGUUGGAAUAAUACAGGGUGUAGCAGCAAUCAAACAUACCUGCAUUGCAGCUGUUUUGCCACCAUAAAAAGUAAGAAACCAACGGCAGCCAGAUGUCUAGCGAGGAGGAUAAACCCCCGGCGCCCCCCGUGCGUCUCACCAGCAAUCGUGGCGGCGUUGGGAUCGAGCGUGUUCCCAUUCCUGGCAGCGCAACUGGCGUCGGCAUGGGCGAUGGCCAGCCCGUUGAUAUGCGUCCAUUGCCCAAGGAACCAGACGAUGCGGAUCGCAAAAAUAAGAAGACGCUGAAGAACAAGAUCAAAGGAUCGAAACCAUCGCAUAUGGAUUCCAAACCAAAUAUCUCGUAUCCCACAAACUUUGAGCAUACGGUGCAUGUGGGAUUCGAUGCUGUGACCGGCGAGUUUACGGGUAUGCCAGAGGCAUGGGCGCGUCUCUUGAUGAACUCAAACAUCAGCAAGCAGGAGCAGAAGAAGAAUCCCCAAGCUGUGCUCGAUGUGCUCAAAUGGUUCGACAAUACAACCAAACAGAGGCCAAGUUCCAAGUACAUGACAAAUGCCAUAACGACGCAUUCAGCAGGUUCUUCGUUGAGCCGUGUGAGCAGCAGUAGUCCGAGCAGCACGCCCACAGAUUCGGAGCUGCAUGGCUCGAAUAGUGGCGGCAACUUGAUUGGCGUUCAGCUGGGCAGCAUGACUUUGGGUCCCAAUGCGAACAAUGUCUCGGCUGCCGGUCAAAUGCUGAGCAAUCAUUACCAACAGCAGCAGCAGCAUUUGCUACAGCAGCAACAGUUGCAACAGCAACAGCUACAGCAACAACAACAGUUGCAUCAGCAGCAGCAACAGCAUCAGCAUCACAUUGGCCUGAGUCAAUCGCAUUCGUAUAACUUUGGUGGCCACACCGCCUCCUCAUCCACAUCGCAACAUUCAUCUGCCAAUGAGGACGACAUGUUGGGUCCGGUGCCGCAGCAACAGCAGCCACCGCCGCCGCCCGUGGCAUCGCGGCCAGAGCGCACGAAGUCCAUCUACACGCGACCCAUCGAGGAGCUGCAGCCAAUUGUUCCGAUGCCAGCGGCACCGGCCACCACGCCGACAACGCCACUGCAGAAUCACAAAACGACGACGCCGGCGGCGGUGUCGUCAUAUCUGUUGCACAACAAUGCAACAACGACGCUGGACAAGAACAAAAACAAUGCAAAUCUGUACCACGAUCCGACGGCGAUCAACAAUCUCAAUGCCACACCAGCGGCGGGCACACAAAUUGCGGUGCCACAGCAAGCGGUUGCCGCCUCGGCCACCGCGGCAACCACAGCAACGACAACGACAGCGCGAGCCGCCAAUGCCAAGAAGAAGAAAAUGUCCGAUGAGGAAAUACUGGAGAAACUGCGCACCAUUGUCUCCGUCGGUGAUCCGAAUCGCAAGUACACCAAAAUGGAGAAAAUUGGCCAAGGUGCAUCGGGCACUGUGUACACAGCGAUCGAAUCAUCCACGGGCAUGGAGGUGGCCAUCAAACAGAUGAAUUUGUCGCAGCAGCCGAAGAAGGAGCUGAUCAUCAAUGAGAUUCUGGUGAUGCGAGAGAACAAGCAUCCGAAUGUGGUCAACUAUUUGGACAGCUAUCUGGUGUCCGAGGAGCUGUGGGUGGUCAUGGAAUAUCUGCCCGGUGGCUCGCUGACCGAUGUCGUUACCGAGACCUGCAUGGAUGAGGGACAGAUUGCCGCCGUUUGCCGUGAGGUGUUGCAGGCACUCGAGUUUCUGCAUGCCAAUCAGGUGAUUCAUCGCGAUAUCAAAAGUGAUAACAUACUGCUUGGCUUGGAUGGCUCUGUCAAGCUGACUGAUUUCGGUUUCUGUGCGCAAAUCUCGCCGGAACAAUCCAAACGCACAACAAUGGUCGGCACACCCUAUUGGAUGGCGCCCGAGGUCGUAACACGCAAACAGUAUGGACCCAAGGUGGACUUGUGGUCGCUGGGCAUCAUGGCCAUUGAGAUGGUCGAGGGUGAGCCGCCGUAUUUGAAUGAGAAUCCGCUAAAAGCAUUGUACCUCAUUGCCACCAACGGCAAACCGGAGAUUAAGGAAAAAGACAAACUGACGGCAGCAUUUCAAGAUUUUCUGGAUCAGUGUCUCGAAGUGGAGGUGGAACGGCGCGCCAGCGCCAUGGAUCUGCUCAAGCAUCCUUUCCUCAAAUUGGCGCGUCCACUGGCGAGUCUGACUCCUUUGAUUAUGGCCGCCAAGGAGGCAACCAAGGGCAACUGAUUGACAACCAAGAAACAGCAGCUUAUUUAACCAUUACUAAUGAAUUACUAUUAUAAAAAGCAACAACAACAACAACUACAGCAGCAGCAGCAGCAACAACAAGGAGCCGAACAACAACACAAACAACAAUAGCAACAAUAACAUUUAUGCGAUUAUAAAUGGGACAGAUGAUAAAUUAUUAGUGAUUAUGAUUAUUACGAUGAUUAUUUAUAUAAACGUAUUUAUAUACAUACACAUAUAUACUUAUUAUAUACAUGCAUACAUUAUUAACUAUUGGAACGAGAGAAGAUUUCAUUGAGCCGAGCAGCUGCAACAUUAAAACACCACACACACACACUUUCGUAGUUCAAUUCACAUUCAAUUUAGACUCUUAAUUCAAUAUAUACUUAUGUAUUUGCCCAAAUCAUUUUGCUGCUAAUUUGUUAUACCAAAUUAACGGGGCAUUUUAAAUGCCUUUGAACUUUAUUUCUAAACAAAAAAAAGAAACAAACAAAAACCAAUUUGAUUAAAAUUCAUUAAAUCUAUUCAAACGUCAUUAAACAUAUUAACAUAAAACUACAUUUAAAAUUGGCAUUUGCAUUUAAAGGUAAAAAAAGAAACCAUAUAAGAAAUAAAAAUAUUAAUAAACCUAUUGAUUACAACAAUUGUAUAAAGAAAAGAAAACAAACAAAACAUAAACUUAUAAUUUCGAAACUAGUUUUUGAUUCAUUCUUUAGAAAAGAGAGAAAUUCUUGCGCAAAACGCUCUAACACUAACUUUAAAAACUUAAGAGUAUUAUUUAACUGGUUCAUUAAGACCUUUUUGGUCUUAUUUAGAUUCAUAGAUUGCUUUAAAUAAUAAACAAUUAAAUAUAUAUAUAUUUUUGUAUAUGUGCUUGUCGAUUUUUGAUUUACGCUUUUUUUUUAGCUCGUUCGUUUUGAGUUUCACAAAGUAACUAAAUACGUUUUCAAUUCACACACACACACACUCCCAAACACACCCUCUAAAGAUCCUUUUUGUACUAUGUCUGUGUAUGUAGAUGUAAAUCGUGUAAUUGUAAAAGAGUUUACCAUUAUAAUUAGAAGAGCCUGUAUUUUUCAAAUCAUCAAUAUGUACGAUGUGUGGAGAAUGAGAAAAAACAAAUUGUAGCAAUUUAUUGAACUAAUAUUAUAUAUAUAGACAUAGCAAAUAGAUAAAGAAGCGAACCACUCGUAAACUGUUCAAUAAAUUGAUAGUAGCAACUAAAAUAACAAAUAACUAGCAAUUAAAAAAUAGCUUGUAAAAAACAAAAGAAAACAAAAAAACAAAACGAUCGUGAACCAUGAGAAAACCAGUUACUUUGUGCCUAACCAAAAACAAAACAAAAUGAAAAUGAAACAAUUGAGCAACAAGAAGAACAACAAUUAAUUAAUAUUACAUAUUAAUAGCAACUAACUGAUAUAGAGUAAAACAUAGUGAAUCGAUUAACAUAGCACUUAGCGUAGAGCAGAGAACUAAAACAAAACAAAAAAAGAAAAAAAACGAACACCACGACAAGAAAUUUAAUUGCUUAACAUAUUUCAGCAACAAAUUUAACAAAUAACUUCCCUAGUGAUGAUGGCAGCGUGCGUUUGGCUUGUUUCUUAUUUUGAUUUACGGAACAAGGCUUCCAAGAAACUGUGAUCAAAUGCGGAUGAAGAAAGAAUACUUUAGUUACUGCGGAAAAGCUAGAAAAGUCAUAUAUAAGAAAAAGAGUUUGUAUUAUUAAUUUGCCGCCGCCAAUCAAUCAUCUCUGAAGGUAUCAAGAAUAAACUUUAGUCAGUACUAACUGGAAUAUUUCAUUCACUAAUGUUUCAUGAUCAAAUAUUGGAAAUUUAUUUCACAUUUUUAACAAUUUCAAUUCUUUUUGAAUCACACCCAAAGUAGCAUCGAUAAGAAAGCAGAUUAGUUGAGUUUAGUAAAUCUGUGGAUUGUGUAGAAAGUAAUCCACAUUUGACUUGUUGAACCUUUGGUUAACAGCGCAAUGACACCACAAAUUUAAAUGUAAACAAAAAUCAAAACAAAACGAAAUGGAGAAAGUACAUAGUUUUUGUAAAACACAAAACGGAGCGCAUUAUUUUCGCUAUUAGUUCCUAAACAAACACACAACAACACACACACACAGACAUUUAAAUUGAAGUACAGAUCUAGAAUAUCUACAAUAAUUUCAACUAUGUAUUUAAAAAAACAACCCUAGGGUGGCGCCAACGUUGAAAACGAAUAUGAAAACUGACAUUAUGGAAAUUAUUAUUGUAUUUUUUAGUAACUAGGAACUAAAAACAAUGAGUUCAGAACGAAUGUGUAUUUAACAAUAAUGGUAGCGAUGAACGAGAAGUUAAAAAUAAAACACAGUACAUAAAGAGUUAGAAUUAUGAAAAUUACGAAAAAAGAUACAGAUGAAGAUAUAUAUAUAUAUGUAUAUGUAUCGAAGAGAUACAAAUCUAAUUUAACGCGAUAAAUGAUCAAUAAAAACAAAAACAAUAUAUACAUGCA